AUGAAUUUGUCGGGUAUUCAUCAGACGAUUCGAGAUAUCCUCGGAUCGUCAAAACAUAAUGGCAUUCUCUCCGUACUUGUUCAGCUGAUAAGCUUUGUGCUACUAUUCAACGUUACUGCAGCAGCAUCAGGCGCCGUUCCAGCAGCAGUGUUCACGUUUGGGGAUUCGUUAGUCGAUACAGGGAACAACAACUACGUAGUCACCAUUGCGAAGAGCAACUUCCCGCCAUAUGGGAGAGAUUUCCCCGGCGGGAAACCCACCGGAAGGUUUAGCAAUGGCAGACUCUUCCCUGACUUCAUAGCUGAAACGUUAGGUGUGAAGAACCUGUUACCGGCUUAUAAGGAUCCGACCCUGCAAAUGAAAGACCUUCUCACCGGUGUCUCGUUCGGUUCCGCGGGUGCUGGUUACGAUCCUCUCACCUCCCAACAAAGAGGGUCGAUAACAAUAAAGAAUCAGCUUGAGAUGUACAGAGAGUACAAGAGCAACAUAACUGCAAGCGAGGGGAAAGAAAGAGCAGGCAACAUCACAUCCACAAGUCCCCACAUGAUCCUGCUAGGGAGCAACGACAUGGCCAACCAGCUCAGCAGAUCCCUAUACGGCAUCGAUACGUACACUGAUAUCCUCGUCGGAUUAGCUCUGGACGUGUACAAGGUUCGACGAUCCGGUCUCCAUUCACUCAAUUCAAUUCGAUCACAGGAGCUCUACGGGCUCGGCGCGAGGAGAAUCGGGGUGGUGGGUGCGGCUCCAAUCGGUUGCGUUCCUCGCGAGAGGGUGACCGGCGACGGGCUGCUAAUACUGGAGAGGAACUGCGCGGAGGAAUUGAAUGACGCCGCGAAGCUCUUCAACUCCAAGCUCUCCACGGCUGUUUCCUCGCUGAAUGCAGAGCUUCCGGGAGCGAAGAUUGUGUACUUCGACAUUUACAGCCCCGCGCUUUCCCUCAUACAGAACCCAGCUCCGUAUGGGUUUGAAGAGGUGAAAAGAGGCUGUUGUGCCACCGGAAACAUCGAGCUUGGGAUACUCUGUGUUGUUCCAGGUACUUGCCCUGAUGCUAGCAAGUACCUGUUCUGGGACAGUGUUCAUCCCGGGGAGAAAGCUACCAGAAUCAUCAGUGAUCAAACUUUUGGUUCUUCGAGUUUGAGCUCACUGUUGGGUUAAUUUCUGAAGCAGUUGAGAGGGAUAAGUUGAUGAUUUAGUCGUUGUUGGUAUGAGUUUGAUGAAUAAUGAUUUGAUUAAUAAAA